UAAUCCUGUUCUCUGGAAUGGGUGCAAAUUCUCUAAGUUUUCCAGAAAGGCAAAGUGAAGUUUACCUUGAAUUCUUCCCAACUGUGUCAGUGCAAAAUCACACUGGAAAAAACCAUAAAUUACAAAACCUGCAAAAACGGUGAAACACAUGUUUUGCAUGCAAUGAGAUCUUUACUGAUCAGUGUCGUCUAUAGAAGAGAUACUUUAAACUUCCAGAGGUUAAAUAGAAGAAGUGGAUUUCUAGAAAAGUAAUGAAAUAUGCUUGAAACACCUGUUACUCUUUUAAAUAUUUUUAAAGGAAAUUUUGUAGUUAUGUCAAUCGUUGCGUUCCGACUGCCCUAAACGCAAGGUGAAAACGGCUGCAUCAUUCUGUUUCACUGAGGAUUUCACAAUCCUCAGUGAAACAGAACAAUCCUCAGUGAAACAGAACUGCCUACGCACGUUUGUUUAAAAACAGGAUGUAGGGAAUAAGGGAAAAGUAUCCAAGACAGAUAAAAUGUAGGUUGUGGCGAGGCAGGAGCGCUCCCUCUGCCCGUCCGGCGGAAGGAAAGGUCCUCAGCGUCACGGCCACGGCUGCGCACACGGCGCGGCGUCGGGCUGCCCCAGUGCUUUUCCCUGCUUCUCCUGCCCUUCCUCCUGCUCCUUCCCUUCCUCCUCCUCCUCCCCUCGGCUCCCAUGGCGGCGAGUGACACGGAAAGGGCCCAGCAGCAGAUUGAUGAAAUUGAAGCCCUUUCAUCGAUUUAUGGUGAUGAUUGGUGUGUUGUUGAUGAAAAUGAAAAAAUCUAUUGCAUUAAGAUUAGUGACUGUCUGGAUCAACCAAAAUGGACCCUUUGUUUACAGGUGAUUUUGCCACCAGGAUAUCCAACUGCAGAGCCACCUAUUUAUCAACUAAAUGCCCCUUGGCUUCGAGGACAAGAUUAUACGGAACUAGCAAAUAGCUUGGAAGAAAUAUAUGUACAGAACCUUGGUGAAAGUAUACUGUAUUUAUGGGUGGAGAAGAUACGAGAAGUUCUGGUAGAAAAGGCACAGUCUUCAGAUCCAGAACCGGAUAUUAGGAAAACCACUGAAGAAGUUGAUGAAGAUGAUGGAGAUGAUUUUCUCCUAGACUAUCAGCCCAUUCAGGAAAAUCAAAUAAAAAUGUUAAAUUGCAUGACAUCUGAAAAUCAGGAAGAUGAAGAACUGCCCCCCAUACAUCAUGGAAACCCAAUCACAGAUCGAAGGAGCACUUUCCAGGCACAUUUGGCUCCAGUGGUGACAACCAGACAAGUUAAAAGAGUUCUUGAAAAAUUAUAUGAGAAUAAGAAAAUUGCAAGUGCUACCCACAACAUAUAUGCAUACAGAAUAUACUGUGAAGAUAAGCAGACGUUCCUACAGGAUUGUGAAGAUGAUGGAGAGACAGCAGCAGGUGGACGUCUUCUCCAUCUUAUGCAGAUUUUGAACGUCCACAAUGUGUUAGUUGUGGUGUCCCGCUGGUAUGGAGGUAUUCUCUUGGGACCAGAUCGUUUCAAACAUAUAAACAAUUGUGCAAGAAAUGUACUUGUAGAGUACGACUAUGUACCAUCAACGGAAGAAUCAUCUAGACAAGCUGGAAAGAGUAAAAAGAUAAGGAAGGAAAACAAGAAGAGAACAGACCACUAAUUUAUUUUUAAAAACUUUAAAAUAUUAUUUUGCACAUAUUUAUACAAAAAAACCCUGGACCUUAAUUGCUUUAUCUUAUAGAAUGGACAUGUUGUAUUUGGAAGAGAAUUCAGUAAAGCCAUAGAUAUAUUUUCA